AUGUUCCCAUCGCUUCCUACCAUGACUGUACUCGUUCCACUCUUGUCGUUAGCCGGUCUGUUUUAUUCGGCCAGCAUGGAUGAGAACUUUCCCCAGGGGUGCACAAGUACAACCAGCCUCUGCUUCUACAGCCUGCUCCUUCCCAUUACAAUCCCCGUUUAUGUGUUUUUCCACCUCUGGACCUGGAUGGGCCUUACACUCUUCCGCCACAACUAGGUUUCAAAGGGUCCGUUAACAAAGAAUAUGGUAGUGAUCUGGAAGAUUUUGUCUCAUGGACCUGAAGUGAUGGACCCCACGGCAGAUUAAAUACAUCCCUAUAAAUAUGCAUCCAAGUCCAUAAGAGAUCUCGGUUCCUUUUAGGGCAUUUCUCCACAAGAAACCUCUGCCUUCCUAGUUCAGCAAAUAUCGCGCCAAACCACAUUUCAUGGGAACCAUUAGAAAGAAGCAGUCAUGGGUUUGCACAAGAAUGUCCUAGGAUGUACCAAAUCAUGUGAACAAGAUGUCACAUUCUCUCCUCGUUUGCAAGGUGGCUACUACAGGCUGACCUCUAAAGUAGCACGGAGGUAGAUAGUGUGACUGUAUCAAGUUCCUUAAAAAAAAAAGAAACAACCCUGUGCAAAGGUACCCUAAGGGACAGCAAUCAAUGAUGCUUUACAAGCAACACAUAGAAGAGCUUGUUUCCAUGUAGGAAUUUUGUAUUUGUGCAUUAGAUUUUGGGUUCUCAGGGUACAGAUGAUUUAAAAUCAGGCAUGGUAGUAAGGGGGAAUAUAUUCUCUUGCAUUUCGCUAUACAGUUGACUUACGGAUACCGUGACUGUUUGAAUUCAUGUGUGCAAAAUGGUUGGAAUUCCCAUAUGGUGCUAUGAAAAUGGUCAGCAUGGGAUAAAAACGGUAUUGAACAGCAAACUUGCCUUUAAAUAAAAGUAUCUUUAAGCCUG